AUGAAUAAUAAAAAUGAUGAUAGAGAUACAAGUAGUAAAUGGACGCAAUGGAUUAAUGAUGGCAUUACCAACGAAUAUAUUAAUUAUUACGAUUAUAAUGAAUUUCAAAAUAUAACAUGUAUAGGUAAUGGAGGGUUUGGUGAUGUUUAUCGAGCAAAUUGGGAAAAUUCAAAUACCGUUGUUGCAUUAAAAUCUUUGAAAAAUGACGAUGAUUUUAUGAAAAAAAUUGCCCUGGUUGUUAAUGAGAUAAUUUUGAUGCAUAAAGUUAACUUUCAUGCAAAUAUUAUUCAAUUUUAUGGUAUUACCAGCGAUACAAAUCAAGUAUAUCCUCCAAAUUAUUUAUUUGUUCUUGAAUAUGCAGAAAAUGGAACUUUGAGAAAUUAUUUAAAAAAUAAUUUUAAUAAAUUGGAUUGGAAUAUCAAAUUACAAUUUGCAAUUCAAAUUGCCGAUGCUGUCUCAUGUAUACAUCGAAAAGAUAUUAUACAUCAUGAUUUACAUUCUGAUAAUAUCUUGAUUCAUCAGAAUAAGAUCAAAUUAGCAGACUUUGGUCUUUCAUGUAGAGCUGGAGUAUCAAAUUACGUAAAGAAUAUUUUUGGAAAGAUACCUUAUGUUGAUCCGCAACGUUUUAAAAAUCAAACAAAUAACAAUGAUAAGAAAUCAGAUGUGUACAGCGUCGGAGUACUUUUAUGGGAAGUAUCUUCUGGACAACAACCAUUUGAAUCUUAUAAUAGCCCUCAUGACGAAACAGCGUUAACGUUGCAUAUUCUAGAUGGAAAAAGAGAAACUCCAAUUCUUGAUACACCAACUGAUUAUAUUAACAUUUAUACAAAAUGUUGGCAAGAUAAUCCAAACGAUAGACCAGAUAUGCAACAAGUAUUUUCUGAACUCAUUAAUUUGAAAAAAAAAUCUUUUUUAACCAAGGAAAAUAUAGAUUCUAAUGAAAAUAACAAAGUACCCAAGGAAAAUAAUUUUAAUAACAGUUAA